UUCCUGAUUUGUGAGAAUGAGACAGCGGACAGGUUAUCUACUGGAAAGGACAUGCCAAUUUUCAGGAUGCUCCAUGAAUUAUUCUAUGAUUCUAUGAAGCAGCAUACCACACACCGGACAAACAACUGACAAUGUGGAGCACGUGAGCGACUUCUGACAUGGGAAGGACUGUAUCUCAUGGAAGUUGGAAGGAAUGUUUUCGCUGAGAGACUCGCAAAGCUGAUCAGCCACACUGCAGGCUCCUUGGGUGGAUACCAGUCGCUCUGGAAUCGACGCGCAGGACUCUGGGAGGGCUACCAGAACUGUCUAGUUGGCUACCAGGCAGUCCCCUGGUGGGAGCAACUAUUUAGCCUGAUUGGAUGGUGUGUUAUCUGGAUAUGAGGGUUGUACAGCGCCUCUCCCGUCAUGAUGAAAACAAACUGCCUUCUAGUGGAUUUUGAAGAAUUUGGAAACCAAAGUGCAGUAAGGACACCAGUCCUAUAGGAAAGAAAAUCCUCUCAAGGUGCUGAUCUUGCUGAAUUCUUAAACUCACUCUAGAUCAGAAAGAGAAGAACAAGACUCAAGUGUCUAUUUUACAAUUAUAUGUACCUAACUGUCAACAUGGAGGAGAAAGGACACAAAUGUAAUGAAUAUAGAAAGAGCUUUAGUUACCUUGCAAAUGUGAAGAAACAUCAAAGUAUUCACACUGGGGAGAAACCUUAUAAAUGCCUGGAGUGUGGGCAGAGCUUUAGUCAGAGCUCAGGUCUCCAUUUGCAUCAAAGGAUUCACACUGGGGAGAAACCCUAUAAAUGCCUGGAGUGUGGACACAGUUUCGCUUGGAGCUCAGGUCUCCGUUCACAUCAAAGGAUUCACACUGGGGAGAAACCCUAUAAAUGCCUGGAGUGUGGAAAGAGCUUCAGUCAGAGCUCGGUUCUCCGUUGGCAUGAAAGGAUUCACACUGGGGAAAAGCCUUAUAAAUGCCUGGAGUGUGGGCAGAGUUUCAGGUGUAGCUUUGUUUUACGUAGACAUCAAAGGACUCACACUGGCGAGAAACCCUAUAAAUGCCUGGAGUGUGGACAGAGCUUCAGUCAGAGGGUACAUUUCCGUUCACAUCAAAGGACUCACACUGGGGAGAAACCUUAUAAAUGCCUGGAGUGUGGACAGAGCUUUGCUAAGAAGUCAGGUCUACAUUCACACCAAAAGACUCACACUGGAGAGAAACCCUAUAAAUGCCUGGAAUGUGGACAGAGCUUUAGUCGCAGAGGACAUCUAAAUUCACAUCAAAGAAUUCACAGUGGGGAGAAACCCUAUAAAUGCCUGGAAUGUGGAAUGAACUUCACUGUUCCUGCAGGUUUACAUUCACAUCAAAGGACUCACAGUGGGGAGAAACCCUAUAAAUGCUUGGAGUGUGGACAGAGCUUCCCUUGGAGUUCAGGUCUACGUUCACAUCAAAGGAUUCACACUGGAGAGAAACCCUAUAAAUGCCUGGAGUGUGGAAAAAGCUUUAGACUGAAAGGAAGUCUAAAUUCACAUCAAAGGAUUCACAGUGGGGAGAAACCCUAUAAAUGCCUGGAGUGUGGAAUGAACUUUGUGGAUCCUGCAGGUUUACAUUCACAUCAAAGGACUCACAGUGGGGAAAAACCCUAUAAAUGCUUGGAGUGUGGACAGAGCUUCACUUUGAGUUCAGGUCUACGUUCACAUCAAAGGAUUCACACAGGAGAGAAACCCUAUAAAUGCCUGGAGUGUGGAAAGAGCUUUAGACAGAAAGGAAGUCUAAAUUCACAUCAAAGAACUCACAGUGGGGAGAAACCCUAUAAAUGCCUGGAGUGUGGAAAGAGCUUCACUCAGGGUUCAGGUCUACGUUGGCAUCAAAGGGUUCACAUUGGGGAGAAACCUUAAAAAUGCCUCGAGUGUGGACAGAGCUUUAUUCGGAGGAGACAUUUACAUUCACAUCAAAGGGGAAACCCUAUAAACACCUGGACUGUGAACAGUUUUAGUCGUGCAGAGAUGGAAGGAACGUCUUAUUCUAACGCAAAAAGAGUGGCUUGUGAACAUCUGCAAUUAGCCAAAGUGACAACAAUAUGGGCAAAUGUCAGUUGUAAGAUUUAUUAAUUGGGAAAGUGUUAUCAAAAGUGUUAAAUUAUAUAAUAUUUUCUAUAGGGAGUAGAAUACUAAGGGAUAAAUACUAACAGAUAGAAUGAGGCUUGUAGAAGUGUACCUGUGUCUCUUGUUCGUUUGUUAGUUUGGUUUGUGUGUCUAUGUAGGUAUCUGUUUCAUCGGUGUGUUUGUUUCUGAUUUAGUUUUGUAUUUUAUGUAGUCGUUUGCUGUGUAGCUUAAGCAUUAUAUACAAAUUCUGCCUUUUUGUUUUGUUGCUUUUUAUCUCUUCUAUUUUUUAUUUUUUGCCAAAAAAGAGGGGGAUUUAUAAGGGUGUGUGUAGUUUGUGUUUGUUACGCAAUUUCCCCGGUUUGACUGUUCUGUAAACUCUUGUAUGUUAUUCACUUAACAGCUGUGGGUCCAUGGACCAUAAUAAAGUUAUGUAUGCAUGUAUGGGUCAAAACUGUUGAAACUGGAGGGGCGGAUAGACCUGGUUUUAGCCCAAAAUUGGGUUUAACACCCUAUGUAAAGUCUCUUUGAAUGUCAUUUUCGCCCUCUUUGCUGGUGGCAUGGGUUUGGACUCAGUUAUCUAGCUCCAGAAUUAUUCCUCUUCUGUUUUGUACAACAUAUAUUGACUGCUUUGGACACCAUCUAUUGCUUGUCACCAUCUUGUCAUCUCAAUAAAUCUGGACUUGA